AGGCUGAGUCCGCGACGAUGAGCUCCUCCAGGCCAUGUCGCCUCCCACCGCGUCAGCCAUCCCUCCUUCCUGGCAGCAGACAUGGGAGAACGCGCAACCCCAGCUCACACGAAUAAGAGGGUCGCUUGCCUCCUCUUCUGAACCCUCACCACGUACUAUCCGCGUCGGCCAACUUGAUGCCGAACUGCUUGAUCAGGAACUAGUCCAACUACUCAAGGACCCUUUAGUGAAGGCAUUAAGUCUAGCCAACACCGCUUGGAGGGCUCGGUUUGAGCCAGAACUUGUUUUGCUCAUACAAGCGAUACUGUACAAGCUAUCCUUCUGGAACCUUGGGACGAGUUAUGGAGCUCGACUGCAGGGCCUCAAGUACGCGUACUCCGGACCAUCAAGCUCUAGGACAACUGCGUCCGGGCUGCCGUAUCGUGUGCUGUUAGCUCAUGCCGGUCUGACGGUGCUCGCGCCAUAUGUUCAUUCUCGAAUACGCGCGCAUGCAUUAUCUCAAGCAUGGCCAGAUGCUCCAUCCUCUGACAAGCGGCGGAAGGCAUGGGAGUUCCUCAACCGCCUCGAGUCCAUACACGGUCUGCUAGGGUUCCUGAACUUCGUUGCGUUCCUAUGGAACGGCCGUUACCGUACUACGAUCGACAGAUUAUUGAGGUUAAGUUUGGUGCCCGCCCGCAGGCUGGCCAGACGCGAAGUCUCGUACGAGUUUAUGAAUCGCCAAAUGGUUUGGCAUGCUUUCACCGAAUUUUUACUCUUCUUGCUACCGCUCAUCAACACCCGCGCACUGCGCAGACGGUUGUCAAACAUCCUGUCCAGUCUGCCAUCUCUGUCCGCCAUUCUGCCCAGUCCUAUACGCUCUCUAGCGGGUCUUUCCGCUCCAACUGAUCAGACUGAGAAGCAGUCACGGAAAGGCAAAUACUGGGCACUCCCGCUUGACCAAUGCGCCAUCUGCGCAGAGAACACAUCCACAGACCUGUCCGAUCCUGCCAGUGCCCUCGAAUCAAGGGUAUCGAUACCAACGUACAGCACCGCUGCCACAUCGUCGGCAGACGCGGGCUCGAGCACCCUUUUCGUCGCGGAGGUAUCAGGAUCAGAGGACGCGCCGCCUGCCUACCCGAUCCACAAUCCGUACAUCACCUCAUGCGGGCACGUCUACUGCUACUACUGCAUCUCCGAGCGGAUGAUGCGUGCUGCGGACGAGCGGACGGGCGUCGGCGCGGGUGGGAAGCAGUGGGAGUGCCUGCGGUGUGCGGAGGGUGUGGCGGGUGCGGACAGGCUGCAGGCGCGGGCGGAGGGCCCGGACUACGAGAGCGGGGCGGAGGAUUUGGACAGCAGCCCAGAGUUUGGGAGUGAGGACGUCGACUACAGCGAAAUGAGUGGGAGUGUGGGGUCGUACAGCGAGAGUGGGUUGUCUGACUAGAUGCACGGUCGCUCUUCGUGUAUGUUUGCUUGACUGGCGCCAGGCGGGGCAGGGCGCAAUUUCAACUGCAUUAUCUGUGAUUCCCUACUGCCCAAUACAUCGUAGCAGUGCUUCAGCAGUGGCACGGCACGUUAUAUGAUUAGCAAUGCACUACCCUCUACAUAGUUCGCUCACAGCAAUGCUCCAAUCAAUGAUACCCACUUGCGAAGCUAUCGUUGCUCCCGUUACCAC